ACGAGCGUGAUGUCCGCUUGUCGCAGACCAACGAGGAGUUCGUGGCCGCAUUGACCACCAACAGUUGCCUCGAGGACAUGUCAGUGUCAGACCGCUUGGACAUGCUUGAGUCAGCGGCGGAGAUAUUCGAGAAGGCCAAGGAGGCGAACGCAGUUGCCAUGCAGGCCCUGCUUGGGCAUCCUCAUGGCAAGACUUACGUUGCCAGCUUGAAGUCCGACUUGGCGAAGACCAAACUAACCCAAGACUGCCUUACCAAGCUCCAGGACAUCGCGAAGUCGGUCGAGGGCGCCUUGGUUGGAUGCUAUAGUUUGGCGCAGUGCACUCCAGAGGUGGCAGGGUUCUUGACUGAGAAGCUGCGUGAGAUGAGCGAUGUCCUGAAGAAAAGCCGCUCCUUCGACUGCCAUGCUACUUUGUUACCGAGCGCCGAUGAGUUGAUCACUGGCACCGUGACGACCAAGCUUUACGAGGCGAUGCGGAGUGUUCUUGAGCCUGUCUGCAAGAUUUCAUCCACCGUUGGGGACCUGACGGCCUGGAUAGAUUCGUUGGGUUCGGGGCUCGACCUCAAGCACAGCAUGAACGUUUACGAGGUCUUGAAGGGCAUGCCCGGCGUGGUCCAAUCGACGUCGGAGUGGAAGGCCAGCGUUUGGAUGAUCAAGGCGGCAAGUUGGCUUCGCGACGUUGCAGGGGUGCUCGGCUUCCCCGCCUCCGAGUCCGACGACGCAUCCAGGUCCAAGCUCGCGAAGCUUGCGCUGGCGGCCAAUUCGGUAUUGGAGGUGCCAGAAGACCCUGCAUGCGCAGACAUGGCACAGAGCCUGAAGGGUUCGCCCCUGCUUGCCAAGGAGUCUGCGCUUAUGCAGGCUCUGCGCAACGGAGCCGACGCCACUAUCGCGACUGCGUUGCGGCCGAUCUUAGCCCACUUCAGGACAGCCGUAGGGCCAGGGUGCAAUUCCAUCAAGUUCUCCGAGCUGACGUCGCCUUGCCUCACGCGUAUUGCUUCAGCGCAGUUCGAGUCCGAAGAGUUCAACAGGGCGAUGCAGCUCAGCACGGACAACAAGGACAAGGUGCUCACGCUUCAGCUGGGCGUCCUGUCACAGCUUCUCAGCUUCAUCGGGUCCCUUGCGAACGUGGAGGUGCACAGGCGCGUGGUCGAGGCCAAUCCCGACGCCCCCUGGGAAAAGAUGUGGACUAAGGACACGCUUGACCUUUACCGGCGCAUGCGUUCGUGGCGUGCGACCCUGAAGACCACUUUGGCACACGAGCGCACCAUGAGUUGCUUCGAGAAGAUGGUUCGCGUUGGGCACGUCGACGUCCUGGACGACGCCGUCCAGCUGCAGGGGCUCUCGGACAGUUUGUUUGCUGACGCGCUCGGCUACGAGAAGUUGUGCGAGGAUGUCUUCACCAGGCAGGCCCUCGAGCUCCUCGGCAAGCUCCGCGACGCGUCGCCAUGCAAGUGGCGGGAGUGUCGCGACUCGCUCGUGGAGAACCGCGGUGCGAUUCUGGAGCUCGCUACUUGGCCCAGGGAUAAACUUCAGAAGAUCGCGCCGCUCAGCUCGUCAGCCAGGGAGAUGCACAAGCUGAUCAAGUUCUUGCACGCCGAUGGCCAUGCUCCGAUUGUGCCGAUUAGGACCGUCAAGGAGUUGAGGGACUCGUCGAACAUCGGGGUGGAGACGUUCUGCUUCGCAUUCGCGGCCUGGCACCUGGCGAAGGGGAUCAGCAGCGAGCAGCCGGCGGAGAAGGUCAAGGACUUGGUGGAGAGCGUGAAGGAGAAGUUCGGCAAGCACAAG